AUGUUACGUAAAAGCCAGCUUGGUUGCUGCGAAAAUAUUCAUUGCUAUUUUUUUUUUCAAUAACGCCAAGUCGUUCUUUACAAUUUUAUCAAGUUCAUCGAGUUUGUUUCUGUUUCGCUCUAAACUACUGUUAGCCGUUUCUAAAUCUAAAGAGUUUCGCUCUAAAUCACAAAAGAUGUUGCGCAGAAGUACGUCCUGCGAAAAAAAAUUGCAAGUAUCGCUCUCAAACACGAAUAAAAGCAGUACGAGCUACUGGUGCGAAUUAAGAAGUCUUAUAAAAAUCCGUAUACCAAAAAUUAGUGAGAGUAAAGGAUUAAUACGAAGAUGCGAGCUACUUGUGAUUUAACAAGGUUCAUCUCCUGAGAGACAAAUCUAACGAUCCAAACAGUACUAACGAAAUUUUAACCCGUAUACUAAUUCAAAUUGGGCUGUGAAACCUUUGGAGAUCUUCACUGAUGAUGUGUGAGCUAGUGUUAAAAUGCAAACAUGUAUUUGGAUUCCAGUCUCGGUACGCCUAGUACGCACGAGUAACUGCGCGAGCUGCUGGCUUCUGACCGCCUUUCUGGUGGAAACAAGACAGCUUUCUGAGGUACAAAAUGCAAUGGAAAAAAAGAGUGCAGAAGCUCCAGUUCUACCCUAGGUAGACACAAAACAAG